AUGGCAAGCCUGUCAUCCAGUGUACAAAUGUCCAACAGCAGCUCCUUCACUGAAUUCCUCCUCCUGGCAUUGGCAGACACACGGGAGCUGCAGCUCUUGACCUUCUGGCUCUUCCUUGGCAUCUACCUGGCUGCCAUCCUGGCCAACAGCCUCAUCAUCACUGCCAUAGCCUGUGACCACCGCCUCCACACCCCCAUGUACUUCUUCCUCCUCAGCCUCACACUCCUUGACCUUGGCUGCAUAUCCACCACUGUCCCCAAAGCCAUGGCCAAUUCCCUGUGGGACAUCAGGGCCAUCUCCUACAUGGGAUGUGCUGUACAGUUGUUUUUCUUCCUUUUCUUGUUCACAGCAGAGUAUUGUCUCCUCACCGUCAUGGCUUAUGACCGCUACAUUGCCAUCUGCAAACCCCUGCACUAUUGGACCCUGCUGGGCAGCAGAGCUUUCCCCCUCUGCAAGGGCAAUGCUGUGAACCAGUUCUUCUGCGAAAUCCCUCAGAUCCUCAAGCUCUCCUGCUCAAACGCCUACCUCAGGGAAAUCUUCAGGGCUGUGCUGAGAAUCCCCUCAGAGCAGGGGCGGCACAAAGCCUUUUCCACCUGCCUCCCUCACCUGGCCGUGCUCUCCCUGGUUAUCAGCACCUCAUUCUUUGCCUAUCUGAAGUCCCCAUCUAUCUCCUCCCCAUCUCUGGAUCUGGUGGUGUCAUUUCUGUACUCGGUGGUGCCUCCAGCGGUGAAUCCCCUCAUCUACAGCAUGAGGAACCAGGAUCUCAAGAAUGCAUUGGAUGGCAUCUGCAAACUUGACAAGAGUGCACUCCAUCAGUUCCUCUGUGUCAUUGGUAAAGAUGUUAACCAGGACAGAUCUCAGGAUGAACACUUGCACUAG